ACUGUUUUGAUAUGGUGCGAAUGUGGGGUAUAAAAGCUGGCGUGGAGCUUCAGUCGGCAGAGUUUCUCGAAGAAAGUCAAACAAGCAACUACAAAAUGUCUGCCGCAAAAUAUUUCAUCGUGAUGGCACUGCUGGUAUUCUGUCUCUUCUGCCAGGAAGCCGUGGCUCAUCACUUCGGAAAAAUUGGACACGAAGUGCAUAAGGCCGCCCACAAGGUUGACAAAGUCGCUUCCCACAUAAACAAAGCCAAGCAUGCGAUCGAAGUCGGUGGUGCUGUGGCUGGAGUUAUUGCUGGUGCUGCCGCUGCCGCUUAGAGGCCUAUAUGACUUCAAUGAUAUUUUCCAAAGAUUAUCUGAUCUGUGUUUUGUAUUUGUUAAUAAAAAAAUUAUACCUAAAGCAAAAU